AUGGAUGAAGAUGAAAGAAUUCCUAUAAUCUUGGGUAGGCCAUUCCUAGCUACUUCUAAAGCAAUUAUUGAUGUCAAAGAAGGCAAGAUGACCUUGAAGGUUGACAAUGAUUCUAUCGAAUUUGAUUUGAAUAAGGUAAUGAGACAACCUUCCUCUAGCAAUGAAUGCUUUAGAAUAGAUACAAUUGAAAACUUGAUGAAUGAGUUUAGAUACCCUCAUAUGCAUGCUUCUAAUGAUCUACUUGAGAAUGUUUUGUUGAAUGAGAAUGAGGUAGGUGAUCAAAAGGAGAUGCAAUUAUAUGAGGAAAUGCUUGAUGAGAAAGAGGAGACAACCCCCGACCAAGAGAUGCUCCAAACAUAUGAAGUCUUCCAAGUAGAAGAGGAGGAAAUCUCCAAUGGUAAGGUAACUCCGAAGGUAGAAUUGAAACCUCUACCUUCGGGCUUGAGGAAGGCUUUGGGUUAUACUCUUGAUGAUCUCAAGGGUAUGAGCCCCUCCCUAUCCAUGCAUAAAAUCGAUUUAGAGGAGGGUGCUAAGCCGUGUAGGCAACGGCAAAGGAAACUUAAUCCUUCCAUGCAAGAGGUUGUGAGAAAGGAAGUUUCCAAGCUACUUGAAGCAGGGAUCAUCUAUCCAAUCGCUCAUAGUGAUUGGGUGUCCCCAGUUCAAGUAGUGCCGAAAAAGGGAGGUAUGACGGUAAUGGUCAAUGAUAAGCAACAAUUGGUCCCAACUCGGCUUGUUACUGGUUGGCAAAGGUGUGAGAGUGCCAAAUUGGUGCUCAAUUGGGAGAAAUGCCACUUCAUGGUGGAUAAUGGCAUUGUUCUUGGCCAUAAAAUCUCCCAAGCGGGCAUCGAAGUUGAUGGUGCGAAGGUUGAUGUGAUUGAGAAGCUUCCUCCUCCCACAAAUGUUGAAAAAGGCUCUUUGCACCGCCCCAUAGUCCAAGGACCGGAUUGGUCUCUACCAUUUGAGCUAAUGUGUGAUGCAAGCGACGAGGCCAUUGGAUCGGUUCUAGGACAAAGAAAGGAUGGGAAACUUCACGUUAUAUACUAUUUGUCCAAGACUCUCAAUGAUGCUCAACGGAAUUAUAUAACUACCGAAAAAGAGUUUUUGGCGGUUAUCCACUCAUUUGAGAAGUUUAGAACCUACCUCAUUGGUUCUAGGACAAUAGUGUAUACCGAUCACUCGGCUCUCAAAUAUUUGAUAAGUAAGAAGGAGGCCAAACCGAGGUUGUUGAGAUGGGUCUUGGUCCUUCAAGACUUUGAUUGCGAAAUGAGAGAUAAGAAGGGAGCCGAGAACGUGGUGGCGGAUCACCUCUCUAGGUUGGGAGGUGCAAGAAUACAUGAAGACGGUUUUCCAAUUGAAGAUGCCCUAAUGGAUGAUGUCUUAUAUGCUCUUGAGGCAAAAUCGGAGCCUUGGUAUGCGGAUAUUGUGAACUACUUGGCUUGUAGUGCCAUACCUCCGGAUUUCACUCCUCAACAACAUCGAAGGCUCAAGCAUGAAGCAAAGAAGUAUAUAUGGGAUGGCCCAAUGUUGUUGAAGAGAGGGGUGGAUGGACUUUUGAGAAGAUGUGUUCCUAAUGAAGAGUUCCAAGAUGUGCUCUCAAUGUGCCACUCAUCCCCUUGUGGUGGUCAUAUGAGUGCUCAAAAGACCGCUUCCAAGUGGAAGGGCAUGCUCAACUCGUACGUUCUAAAGCCCAAGUUCACCUACUCUCAAAUAGACAACAAAUCCGAGAAGAAGAAAGAUAAAGAGAAGGAUUAUGAUGGAAAUAGUACCGAUUCAGGGUUCGUGGCCGUUAUAUCAGGCGGCUUUGCUACAGGUGGCCCGACCGUGAAGAGAAUUAAGCAAGAUGCCUGGAAUUUUGAGAAUGUAAUGCACAUUGAAGGGGUGAAGGCAGAGCCCUUUCCAGAGGUAACGGUCUGCGAGGCAGACCGAGGUUCGAUCAAAGCCCCUCACAAUGACCCCAUGGUAUUCAUCUUGAAGGUUUCUAAUUUGAAGGUUGGUCGAGUGUUGAUAGACACAGGCAGCUUGUCCGACAUAAACAGUUUAGCUUGUUUGAAGAAUUUGAAGUUUCCAGAGGAUGCCCUUAAGGAUAUUUCCCACCCGUUGGUCGAGUUUGGUAGGAGUAUUAUCCAACCGGUUGGACGGAUAGACUUGCCCGUCUGA